CGUGAAUGGAGCUCCAACCCUCCGAGCUCCGAGCCUCCGACCAGCCUCAGUCUUACUUUGAUAAGCAUCAGCGGCUAACAUACGCCAGUGUGAGCACUGAGACAUCAUCCUUCUAUCCAUAUUCCAUAGAUUCCAUUCUCCGUCCUUCGUGCAUGUCUCUCUCUUUACCCUUUUUGGUGCUUUCUCUACUUUUUCUGCAAUUGCUUCUCUCUUUCACACUACACUCAGAGUCUCUGAGACCGAGGCCGAGACCGAGAGAAUGAAGGGAUUGCGAUGAUGGGAAAGUGAGAAAUGGUGGAGUAGGAGAGGAGUGAUUAGGAUGAUGGAGUGGGAAAAACAAGAUCAGCGGCAGCAACAACAACAACAGCAGGAAAAUGGAGGCGCCUUGUACGUGAAGGUCAUGACAGACGAGCAGAUGGAACUUCUUCGACGCCAAAUCUCUGUCUAUGCCACCAUUUGUGAGCAGCUUGUGGAUAUGCACAAAACCAUUACUUCCCAACAAGAUCUCCCAGGAAUGAGGCUUGGAAAUCUAUACUGUGAUCCCUUAAUGUCGUCUUCUGGCCACAAGAUCACUGCCAGACAGCGAUGGACCCCAACUCCACUGCAGCUGCAAAUUCUCGAGCGCAUCUUUGAUCAAGGCAUUGGGACUCCAAGCAAACAGAAGAUCAAAGAGAUUACUUCUGAGCUGACACAACAUGGCCAAAUCUCUGAAACAAAUGUUUAUAACUGGUUCCAGAACAGGCGGGCUCGAUCAAAAAGGAAGCAAUUGGGACCAGCAGCAAAUAUCCCAGAAUCAGAAGUAGAGACAGAGGUUGAGUCUCCGAAGGAAAAGAAAGCAAAACCUGAGGACAUCCAUUCACAUGAGAACCCAAAUCCCAUAUCUGAGGAUCCAUCCUUCCAAAGUCCUGAGAUAAGCUCUGAGCUUCAUGCCUUUGAUCCACACCCCAACAAGGAUGAGUCCACGUUUCUGUCAGAUGGUAGCUCAAAAUCUCAAGGGAGUUUAGGCCACAUAUCUUUCUAUGAUAGUCUGCUAUCAAAUCCAAGAAUUGACCACCUGAUGGGGAAAAUGGAAAUGCCAGGAGUAUUUAAUCCUUACCAGCAGGGAGAAGACUAUAACUUGAUUGGAUGAUGCUCUCCUCAUGCAGUGGUGGUGUUUUGUCACGCAAUGUUUACCGUGACUGGAAUCCAAGGUGCUGAUGGCAUCUUGAGAUUGAUAGACUAGUUAAUAGUUAGAGAAGAACACUGUCUACUUUUGAAAAUAUAGGGAUCACACACAAACAUAGUAAUAGUUUGCAGUCAUAUACAGGUAACUCUAGGUUUAGCAGCACUUUUUAAGAGAGAAAUGCAUGGCAAUUCAGAUUCUGAAAGGACUGGUUGCCUUGGAUCUGUGAAUUUUGUUUAUGGACAUGGAAAGUAUAUAUAUUAUACUAUACUAUUAUAUAAAAGCACAAAGUGGCAAAUUUUUCA